UGCUCACAUCUGACCUCCACAUUUUUCAUUUUGUUUCUAUUUUUUUUUUUUUUAUGCAGCUAUAUGGUGUGGAGCCAGUUGAAAGUCCAAUAUUGUCUGGAGGAACGCCUGGUCCACACAAGAUACAAGGGAUUGGCGCUGGUUUUGUUCCUGGGGUAUUGGAUGUUAGUCUUCUUGAUGAAGUAGUUCAAAUAUCAAGUGAUGAAGCAAUAGAAACUGCAAAGCUUCUUGCCCUUAAAGAAGGCCUAUUUGUUGGAAUAUCAUCUGGAGCUGCGGCUGCAGCUGCCAUUAAGAUAGCAAAGAGACCAGAAAAUGCUGGAAAGCUUAUUGUUGUUGUUUUCCCUAGCUUUGGUGAGAGGUACCUGUCCUCUGUGUUGUUCGAGUCGGUGAGACAGAAAGCCGAAAGCCUGACUUUUGAACCAUGAAUUCCAGUUGAAGGCUGUAAUUUAAAUCGGUACUGAUUUCAAGAAUGGAUUUUCACUAGCGAGCAUAAAAAAAAUACUUCAAAAUAAAAGAAUAAUAAUUGUUAGUUCUUAAUAAGAUUUCUGGAUUUAUUCCGUAUUCAA